AUGGACAAUCAAGGGCAAAUGAGCCAAAGAAAUAAUGCAGGCGGGGACGAGGAGUGGGGAUUUCCUCGAGAAACUCGACGCUUCCCGUGGAACUUGCAGGAGAAGAAGGGUGUAAGUCCCUCUCCCAAUCUAUGGUCUCAAUGGAAAUUGCAGGUGAGGGAGCGCGAGGCUCCUCUAAGGAAAGAGGUACCGGAGAAUAGGAGACUGAAGAAAAAGAACAUGUUGGUGAGGGAGUUGGCGAAGGUGUCUCUGGGAAAAUUCGUUAGAUGGUGUCGGAAAAAACACAUCAAGACGAAGGAGACAAGCAAGACGAAGCAGCCGCCAUGCCUGGCCCAGACGAGCGAGGCAAUGGGAACAGCGAAGACGAACGAUAAAGGUGCAAGAAAGAAGGAAAGUCGGCCGGUCAGGCAAGGAAAAGACGCAAAGGGCAAAUUGCAGAAAGUUCCGGAAAAAACCGGUACGAACGAAGAAAAGCAGGACGCGAUCACGUGCUCGACACCAGCGAAGAAGCCGACAGUAGCGCAGUUCAAGAAGCAACUACAAGAUCUGAAGUUACCGACAUACGGCACGAAAACCGAACUCGAACGUCGAUUGAAGCAGUACGAAGAUAGUGAAUCUGGUGAAGACGAGGCGAGUGGGGACGAGGAGGAUACCAGCGGCGACGAAACCGACGCCGAUGUAACGGUAGUGCAACACAAGGAGACAUCUGAAGAGAGCGAAGAAGACGAGAAUACAUAUACUCAUAUUUUCCAGGCACAAAGGGAAACAAGACGGAGUGCGCGCUGCGGACGAUUUCCGUGUGGUGUCAAUUUUUUCACUAUUAAAGACGUAGAAGGAAGUAUUUCACACUUCUCUGGAGACGAUAAGCUGCAAGUAGAAAAAUGGAUAGAAGAAUUCGAAGACACGAGUGCGUUACUGGAGUGGAACGAAUUGCAAAAAGUGAUGUACGCGAAAAAAUUAUUACGUGGUUCGGCAAAACAAUACAUCGCGCUACAAAGAGGCAUUACUUCGUGGAAAGUGAUGAAACGACGGCUAGUGCGCGAAUUCGAAGAAAAGCUAAACAGUGCCACAAUCCACUCACAGUUGGUAAAACGUAAAAGAUUGUCGAACGAGACGCCACGACAGUAUAUAUAUGCCAUGAGCACAAUCGCUAGUCAGGGGACCAUAGAAGAAGAAGCGUUAAUACAAUACAUCAUUGACGGAAUAUCAGACGAGGAAAGUAACAAAGCUAUCCUCUACAAUGCAGAUAUGGUCACCGAAUUAAGAAAAAAACUGAAGCAGUACGACAGGAUAAAAGAAAAGUCCGAGAAGAAGAUGACGAAAGGACAGAAAAAAGAUAAAAUCAAAGAAACAGACAAAAAAGGAACAAGACAGAAGAAUGAAAAAGAGAGAUGUUUCGGGUGCGGUUCGGUCGAACACAUAGCACGAGAGUGUCCAGACAAAGAGAAGGGCCCGAAAUGCUUCAAGUGCAACAAGUUCGGGCACAUCGCAACAAAGUGCAACACAGCUGAUAAGACAUCGGACAAAGAUGACAAUAGAGUGAACGUAGUCUCGAUGGUAGAACCAGUGGCAACCGAUGACGAGAUAAUCGUACAAAUAAAAAACGCGCAAAUACGAGCGAUGAUAGACACCGGAACACAGCAAACAUUAUUGAAACAAAGUGAACACAAGAAGAUGGGCAGUCCACCGCUGCAGCCGAGUGCAAGUACAUUCCAGGGCUUUGGCAACGCAUUAGUGAAAGCUACAGGAAUGUUUCGCACAAAAAUAAUAAUCCACGGUGAGACAUAUAUUACUGACGUAUACAUAGUACCUGACGUCGCCAUGAGUCACGUAAUGCUGCUGGGUAAGGAGCUAACAAGAAGGAUGGACAUCAACAUCCGAGGCGGCCGAGUGACCGUCAGGAAACUAACAGUAGAAGAGAGCCAAUCAGAAACAGUGAGAAAAAUCACUAAAGAAGAGAACAAUCGCGGAAAAGAAAAUGACAGUGACGCGUUAAGUGAGUUGCCAUUCGUAAAUUAUAUCGAAAUGAAAUCAGUGGACAUUACCGGUCGGUACCGCGAAGAAAUCGAGAAACUUAUCGAAAGUCAUAAGCCGCAAAAAGAAGUUCAAACAAAAGUGAGAACGAAGAUUGUGUUACGAGACGAAUCACCUAUCAAUCUGAGGCCGCGACGGUUAGCAAUUAAAGAAAAGACAAUCCUAAACGCGCAGAUCGACGAGUGGCUACGCGACGGCAUUAUCCAGCCAAGCAAAAGUAAUUAUUCGAAUCCGGUCGUAAUUGUACCAAAAAAGAAUGGCGAGUACUGCGUAUGCAUAGACUUUCGACAAUUAAACAAGAAGAUAAUUCGUGAUCGAUUUCCAAUGCCGCUGAUCGAUGACUGUAUCGACGCACUCGCGCAAGCCCAUGUAUUUUCAGUACUGGACUUAAAGAACGGUUUUUUCCAUGUACCUGUGUCACAAGAAAGUCGCAAAUAUACAUCAUUCGUGACCCCAACCGGUCAGUACGAGUUUUUGAAAACACCGUUCGGACUGUACGAUUUAAUAAUACCGGGCCGAAACGAAGAAGAAGCACUCGCAAACUUAAAGGAGACACUUGAAGUGGCCGCUGAAAAGGGUUUAGUAAUCAACUGGAAGAGAAGCGAAUUUUUGAAGAGACGCAUCGAAUAUCUAGGCUACAUGAUCGAAGGGGGCAACGUCAGUCCAGCCCCGUCGAAGAUUAAAGCUGUGAAAAACUUUCCUCCUCCGAAAUCAAAGAAAGCGAUUCAGAGUUUCCUCGGUUUAGCGGGUCAUUUUAGAAAAUUCAUGUAUGACUACGCCAAAAUAGCUAGACCGUUGUCAGAUGUGUUAAAGGACAACCAAAAAUUCCGUUUUGGACCUGAAGAAGAGCAAGCAUUUGAGCGACUAAAACAGCGAUUAAUAAACGAACCAAUAUUACGAAUUUUUCGCCCUGAUGCAAUCACCGAGUUACACACCGACGCAAGCAAAGAAGGCUAUGGUGCUGCUCUCCUACAGAAGAAUAAGAAUGAAGAUCACUUUCAUGUCGUUUGCUACAUGAGCCGGAAGACAUCAGACGCCGAGUCAAGACUACACUCAUACGAGCUUGAAACAUUAGCCGUGAUCCAAACAGUGAAGAAAUUCCGAGUUUACUUGCUCGGAAUCAAAUUUAAAUUGGUAACUGACUGCUCAGCAUUACAAAAAACAUUAAAUAAGAUUGAUAUUUCUCCCAAAGUUGCAAGGUGGGCAUUAAUGCUUGAGGAGUUUGACUACAAAGUCGAACAUCGCGCGGGAACACGCCUUAAACACGUCGACGCACUCAGCAGAUAUCCCGUGAUGGCGAUCGAAAACAGUUUAACUCCGAUAAUAAGAAAACAACAAGACGAAGAAGAAAGGUUGCGGGUAAUUAAGCAAAUUCUAAAAAAGGAGCCAUACGAAGAUUACGUCUGCGAAAACGAAAUUUUAAUGAAAGGAACCGGCGAGAAGAGGGUCAUCGUACUACCCACAAGCAUGCAGCAAGACAUAAUACGCAAAACCCACGAGAAUGGACAUUUUGGUGUCAAGAAAAUGCUGGAAAGUAUUAAAGCAGAGUAUUACAUUACGAAUCUAACAGAAAAGCUCGAGAAAUACACGACCAACGCAAGAGAAGUAUUAGACCGCCUGAAGCAUCAACAAAAAACUUUUGGCAACCCACGACGCAUAAUCCGUGACCGCGGCUCAGCGUUCACAUCAACCGACUUCAGAGAAUACUGCGCCGAAGAAAAUAUAGACCAUGUCGCAAUCACAACAGGAGUUCCAAGAGGAAACGGCCAAGUUGAACGUAUCAACCGGAUAAUUAUCCCGAUUCUCACGAAGCUGGCCCUAGAUUGUCCGGAUAAAUGGUACCGAUACGUAGACAAAGUGCAGGGUGCGAUAAACAGCACUUACCAAAGAAGUGUAGGAACUAGCCCAUUCGAAGUACUCUUUGGGGUAAAGAUGCGCCAGAAAGAAAAUGUCGAAAUGCUGAACCUAAUUGAACAGGAAAUGGUGUCAGCAUUUGACGAAGAACGUGAAAAAUUACGAACCAUCGCAAAAGAAAACAUCGCGAAGAUCCAACAAGAGAACAAAAGAACACACAAUCAGAAAUGUAAGCCAGCUACACAAUAUCAGAUAGGCGACCUUGUCGCCAUCAAACGAACGCAGUUUGGACCUGGCUCGAAGAUAAAAAGCAAGUAUCUGGGUCCAUAUAAAAUCUCGCAAGUAAAAGGACACGAUCGUUACGAGAUGAUCCAUGAAGAUAACGGUGAGGGACCAAAAAUGACUACAUCAUCGGCUGACCAAAUGAAGCAUUACGCAUAUUACUCUCCAGGGACUGGAGAAUAG